AUGGCCUGGGAUCAUCUGGACAUCGAUAAGCCACAUCUGGCUUACAUGAUCCUAGGAGGUUUCACCGGCCUGUUCAUGCUGUGCUCCCUGUUCGUCAAGGAGAAGCUUUAUAUUGGCGAAGCCACUGUAGCCACGUUAUGUGGAAUCAUCUUCGGGCCCCAUGCGGCCAAUCUGUUCAAUCCGCACGAUUGGGGAAAUAUCGAUAAGAUCACUCUCGAGUGUUCCCGAAUCGUCCUAGUCGUGCAAUGUUUCGCCGUCGGUGUCGAGUUGCCCAAAUCUUACAUGGAACGUCACUGGAAGUCUGUUUCUUUGCUGUUGAUCCCUGUGAUGACUUGGGGUUGGCUUAUCACCAGUCUAUUUAUUUGGUGGAUGGUACCCCCGUUGAACUGGCUCGAGGCCCUGGUCUGUGCUGCGUGCGUCACGGCUACUGAUCCUGUCUUGGCAUCAUCUGUUGUCGGUAAGGGAAAGUUUGCCAAGCGUGUCCCCAAGCAUUUGCGUGAUUUGCUGUCUGCAGAGUCCGGGUGUAACGAUGGCAUGGCGUUCCCAUUCAUCUACCUAUCUUUUUACAUCUAUCACUAUCGGCCCAAUGUUGGCGAGGUGUGGCUCAACUGGUUCUGUAUCACCGUUUUGUACGAAUGUAUCUUGGGUGCUAUCUUCGGCUUCACCAUUGGCUACCUUGCUCGCCAUGCGAUCAAGUUUGCCGAGCGCAAAGGAUUGAUUGAUCGUGAAAGUUUCCUCGUGUUCUACUUUGUGUUGGCUGUGUUUUGUGCUGGUUCUGGUGCUCUGCUGGGCAUGGACGAUCUGCUGAUUGGUUUCGCCUGUGGUGUUGGAUUCAGUAACGAUGGUUGGUUCACGGAGAAAACCGAGGAAUCCCAUGUCUCCAACGUCAUUGAUCUUCUGCUUAACUUGGCAUACUUUGUCUACUUCGGAUCCAUCAUUCCCUGGGAGGACUUCAACGCCCCUGAGCUGGGCCUCACUCCUUGGCGGUUGGUGGUGAUUGCCAUAUUGGUCCUAUUUUUCCGACGUAUACCAAUCAUGCUGAUGCUGAAGCCGUUGAUACCUGACGUUAAAACUUGGCGAGAAGCUCUGUUUGCAGGACAUUUCGGUCCUAUCGGUGUCGGCGCUAUCUUCGCCGCUAUUCUCGCUCGUGCGGAGCUGGAACACGAUACCACGCAGCCAUCACCUGAAAACGAGCUUCCAUUGCCAGGAACUAGCAACUAUUAUGUUGUAAGACUCAUCUGGCCCAUCACUACUUUCAUGGUCAUCACGUCUAUUCUGGUCCAUGGUUCAUCUAUUGCCGUGUUCACUUUGGGUAAACGCAUCAAUACCUUGACCAUCACCCUGUCCUACACCCAGGCCAACGAGGAUGGACCUUCAUGGAUGAACCGUCUGCCUCGUGUGCAGUCGAUUGCCAAGGGUUCCAUGUCCUUCCGCAAGACGGAAGAUACAGAUGCCUCCUCCGACGAAAAGCUACCUGAAUAUCCUCCCGGUACACUUCCGCCUAUCGGCAUGCCUGGAAACUUCCUACGUCGGCAACGUGAUGAGGACAUGGACAGUGAGUCACAAGGCCUCGAAACAUCUCGUCGCAAGCCCUUGCGGAGACGUCGCCGUAAGCGUGCUACCGGUGGCGGUGGUCCAAUCAGCCAGUCUGCUAUUAUGCCCAUUUCUCGGCGAACCGAGGGUGAGAUUGAAGCCGAGGAUGAGAAGAAAGAGCUUGAGGAACGCGACCAGGUUGAGCGCGGAGCCUCUCCGCCUCAUGCUGAGCGUGAUCGCUUCGGCCGUGAGCCAGAGUUGGAGGUGUACCAAGAGGGUCGCAAUAUGAUCAUUGAGGAUGAGGAGGGUAAUGUUCUCAAGACCGAGGAUACCUCUAGACUGACCCCAGAAGAGAAACUCCGGCACAUUGAGGAGCAGCGCAAGCGUCUGGAAAAUGACCGGUCGGGUGAAUUCGCACAAUCUCAGAGUCAACCCCACAAGAAGGACGAGGGAGAAGAGAUCAAGCGCGCUGUCGAGGAGAAGGCUUCCACAUCCUACGGAAACGCUCUCAAGAAGUGGACCAACUGGACUGGACUUGGGAAGGAUCGCGCCGCAGAACAGCCAGGCAAGAAGGCAGAGAAGCGUCCCAAGGCUGAAUCGGCAAAGCCCAAACCUCGUUCAGCUCAUGCAUACCAGUUCGGCAACACUAUUAUUGUUGAGGAUGAGGAUGGUGAAGUUAUCAAGAAGUACACACUACCCGGCAACAAAAAGACCGAGAAGGGAGACAAGGAGCCUACUGACCCUGGUCAAGCACCUGUUCGUCGUGGUCUGACCCGCAUGGGUACUUGGUUCGGCAUGGAAGAAGAAGGCGAAUCGUCCCAGGCCGCUCAGGAAAAGAGGAAGGAUGAUGACUGGACCGCCGACGAUGGUCUCCGAUUCACUCUGGCCGAGGAUCCCGAUGUCAGCUCCCACGGCAUUGGCCACAAGGGCAGACGUAUGAACAAACAGGAGUUCUUCCAGCAGAUCAAGGGUUUGGACGCCAAAUCUCGUCGGGACGUGGUGCAGCAAACCGACGCACCCGCACCAGUCCAAGCAGUGGCCCAGCAGGCAGCCAAAGAAGAAGCCAAGACUGAGCAACAGCAAGAGCGCCUCUCUGCCGCCGCCGCUGCCGGCGCUGCUACUGGCACCAUUCCCGAAGAAGACGCCGACGCCCUGGAAUCAGAGUCCGUCACCGACAGUGAUAUCAGCGACGACGAGUCUGACGACCGUCGGGGUUCCCCCAACGUUGCUGCAUCACUCGCAAAGUUCUCACAUGGCGGUAACUCCGCCGCCCAGGAACGUCGUAACAACCUCAGCCCAGCACCACCCCGUACCCGGGACCGCGCUCGUCGCGAUUCCGACGACGAUGGCACAGAGCGUAUCCCACCUUCACGUCUCCGCCAAGCUGCUGGUCUGACCGCGCCCCCGCGCCAGAUCGACGACGACACAGGCGAGACCCCCGCCGAGCGUCGCCGCCGUCUGGCAGCCCUGGGUGUGGAGGGUGACGACUCCGACAACGAGGAUGGUUCCGAUUCGGACGAUGCCGCCGUAGAAGAUACAGACAUCGACGACAACGAUAACGGCGCCAGCCAGACGAACAAGCUCCAGCCCAGCGAAUCGCAGAAGCAGUCCGACGACUCUCCAUCCGGAUCUACAUCCGGCUCCGGCUCCCAGUCCGCCUCCCGCACCAUCCCCCGCGUCUCCUGGGGAGGCGAGAAGGGCCGUGAACUCUAA